CUGCUUGCAUAGCUACGGUUAUUAUUACGAUGAUGUAACGACAAUUUAAUUACCAAAUUGUUUUCUUCUUCUUCCUGGAUCAACUCAAAACUCAGUACUGUAAACUGCAAACCAAUAAAUCAGCUUUAAUUAACUUCUCGCCCCUCUCUCUCUCUAUACAAGGCUGAUGGAGUACUCAGCAGAGAACUCAGGUCUAAAAUGGAGAAAGCCAAAUCUUAAACCAAUUGAGACAGAGAGGUCUGCAGUAGGCAAAGGAAAAGAAGUAAAUCAUUAUAAAGAUGGUGAUGGUGAAGAAGAAGCAUUAAGCCCAGUAGCUCGGUUGUUUCAUGAACCCAACUUCAAUGUGUACAUCAUAGCCAUCAUGGGUUGCAAAACCCCAAUUAAACCACAUAUCAUUAAAGCCAACUUGGUCCACACUCUGCUCAAGCACCCUCGCUUCUCUAGUUUACUGGUAGUGGAGGACAAAAAUAGUAAAGAAAUGAAAUGGGUUAGGACUAAAGUGGAUUUAGACAAGCACGUUAUUAUUCCAAAAUUAGAUGAAAUAACCAUAGACUCACCAGACAAAUUUGUAGAAGAUUACAUUUCCAAUCUCUCCAAAACCACCAUCAGUAAAUCACAGCCUCUAUGGGACGUUCAUCUCCUCAACAUCAAAACGGCGGAUGCUGAGUCCAUUGGCGUUUUAAGGAUCCACCACUCUCUUGGAGAUGGCACUUCUCUUAUGUCUCUUCUAUUAGCCUGCACUCGACAAAUUUCAAACCCUGAAGCUUUGCCCACUAUUCCUACAACCAUCAGAAAUAAGAAGCAAGAACAAGAAACUGAUUUUAAAGGGAAGUUGUGGCGAUAUGUUAUGGCUGUUUUAUGGGCUAUUAAGCUGUUCUGGAAUAGUAUAGUUGAUGCUUUUAUGUUCCUUGCAACGACUGCGUUUUUGAAGGAUACAGAUACGCCUCUGAAAGGUCCUCCUGGUGUUGAGUUUACUCCUCGACGCUUUGUAUGGCGGACUGUGAGUUUGGAAGAUUUUAAGUUGGUGAAGAAUGCACUGAACACUACCAUAAACGAUGUUGCUCUAGGAGUCACGCAGGCUGGAUUGUCACUGUAUCUUAGUAGAAAAUAUGAUGAAAUUAGAAAUAAUGACAAGGAAGCAACCCAAAUGAAAAAUAAUCUUCCAAAGAAUAUUAGGCUCAGAGCAACUCUUCUGGUCAAUAUAAGACCAGCUACAGGAAUUCAGGCAUUAGCAGACAUGAUGGAGAAAGAUACUAAAGCAAAAUGGGGGAAUUGGCUUGGUUAUGUCCUCCUUCCAUUUAAAAUUGCCAUAAGAGAUGACCCAUUAGAUUAUGUUCUUGAAGCAAAAGCUAUAGCUGAUCGAAAGAAGCAUUCUUUGGAAUCCAUAUUCACUUUCUCCAUUUCUGAAUUGGUCCUCAAACUUUUUGGCACUAAGACAGCAAAUGCUCUAUCGCACAGAAGUAUCGAUCACACAACAAUGUGCUUUUCAAACCUAGCUGGACCUCAGGAAGAAAUUGGAUUUUAUGGCCAUCCACUGGCUUUCUUAGCUCCAAGUUCUUUUAAUCAACCACAUGCUCUGAUGAUUAACUUUCAAAGUUAUGCCGACAAGAUGUCGAUCGUUCUAUCGGUUGAUGAAAGCACAAUUCCUGAUCCUCACCAGCUAAUUCAUGACAUUGUUGAAUCAAUCAAACUGAUUAAAGAUGCAGUGUUGUCCAGAGGUCUUGCCAAGGAUAAAUGAUAGAGACCAACUGAUUUGAUCUCACAACCUUAAAUUCUCUCUUAAAGAGACUAAUUUGUCUUAAUUAAACAACUAGUAUUUGUAAACAGUACUAUAAUUAAGCUUUCGUUUCUGUUGGAAUUAAUUUGCAUUAUUAUUUAAAUUUUGAGUUAAAAAUUAUUUUCCCUUGGUUUUUA